AGAGCUAAGGGGGAAAAAAGCAAAACAGGAAAAGGCGUCAGGUGGAUGAGGCGUAAGAAAUGUCGCUGCUAUGUUUUAUUUCUCCAUUGAUAUUAAUAGAGUUGUGUUUGACAGUACUGUAGAAUCUGCUUGUUGCUUUGCUGUUGUAGAAAUCUGCACUCAUGUCUCGGUGCUUUUUGUUUACUGCAUUCACCAACCAAAAUACUAAAUCAGGCUAACACGCUAAUCAGGAUGCAGUGAUAUUAUAGAUUUUAAAACGCUGUAUGAAUAGUACCUUAAAUGCGUCUUAGGGGUUUCCCCCUCUAUCUCUCCGUCAUAACGCUUGAGUUUUUAUUUUCCUCUCUCUUAAUCUGUAAUUCACCGUUUUGUUUUGUUUUCGUCUAGCAGUGUGCUAGUGAAUGUCACAGGCCGAAUGUAGAGAUUUAUAUGCACCCAAACAUGAGGCAGGAUGGACUGGGAACCUGACUGUGUCUGUGUUUGAUCUUUAGUCUGUGGUUUUGGUCUUAUGAUAGCAAGCAGCGUUUAUGACCAAUAAAAUGAUUUAUUUGCUGUUGAACUGUGAAAUGUGAUUGGUCAGGAGGUGUUCAUUUUCUGUAACAGUAAUAGUUGUAGACAAUAGUACGGGAUCAAACCUUAAGCUUCCAAACGAUACGAUUUAGAUUCAUAAGGAAUCGAUUCGAUGUUUGACAAUAGCAAAUUAUUUUGAUUCAUGAAUCGUUCAAUUCAUAUUGAAGUUUCGAUUCAGUAUUUGAUGAUGCUGUUGAGUUUGCUAUGACACGAGAUGAUUUAGAUUCAUUAGGCAACGACUCCACUGAAUCUACUACGAUAUAUUAUGAUUUAGAUUCAUAAGGAAAAGAUUAAAUAUUUGACAAUACCACCGAAUCUACUACAAUACAUUACGAUGUAGAUUCAUAAGGAAACGAUUCGUUAUUUGACGAUGCCACUGAAUCUACUACCAUACAUUGCGAUUUAAAUUCAUUGGGAAAUGAUUCGUUUCGUUAUUUGACUAUGCCACCGAAUCUACUACCAUACAUUUAUGUUGAGCCUUGUUAAGCUUUAUUUUUCACCUUAAAUGAUAUUGAAUGUCCUGUACAAUGCACUAUACUGGGUUGGGGGAGAUGUAAGCCAUUAUUGUGUACACAAUUUAGCACACUUAUAUAGGGAUUAGACAGUUGUGAUUCUGCCUGUAAUGUUGUGCUUAUAUCGUAUCAUUUGCUUAUAUUCGGCCUCUAGCGUUUACCUUCUGUUCUCCAGUGCCAGUGUUCCCUGCUCUUAUCUGAGAACCAAGCCAUUUUUGUCCCCUCACCAGACCCUUCCUACAGCACAGAAUGGAGUUUGCGGAAUUGAUAAAGACCCCCCGGGUGGAUGGCGUGGUCCUACACCGGCCCUUUCUGCCCACCGUGGAGGGAACUCUGUGUUUAACCGGCCACCACCUCAUCCUGUCCUCACGCCAGGACAACACCGAGGAGCUCUGGCUGCUCCACGCGAACAUCGACGCUAUUGAGAAGAGGUUUGUCGGCUCUCUCGGCUCAAUUAUCGUGAAAUGCAAGGACCUGCGGAUUAUUCAGUUGGACAUACCUGGCAUGGAGGAGUGUCUCAACAUUGCUAGCUCCAUUGAAGCGUUAUCCACACUCGACUCAGUCUCCUUGAUGUAUCCUUUCUUCUACCGGCCCAUGUUUGAGGUCAUUGAUGAUGGGUGGCACUUGUUCUCACCAGAUGAGGCCUUCAGAGAUCUGGAAUCGAUGACAGAUGAGUGGCGACUUAGUGAAGUGAAUAAAACCUUCAUUGUUUGCCCCUCCUACCCUUCGUUGGUGGCUGUACCCAGGGAAAUAGACGACGACACUCUGUGCAAAGCUGCUGCGUUUCGACACGGCGGACGCUUCCCGGUGCUCAGCUACUACCACAAGAAGAACGGCAUGGUGAUGAUGCGAGCAGGGCAGCCUCUGACUGGAACAAAUGGACGCCGCUGUAAGGAAGAUGAGAAGUUGAUCAAUGCUACACUCCGUGCAGGGAAACGUGGGUACAUCAUCGACACACGCACUGUUGCAGUAGCGCAGCAGGCUAAGGCCCGCGGAGGUGGGUUUGAACAGGAGGUGAACUACCCGCAGUGGAGGAGAAUCAACAAAGCUAUUGAGAGAUCCAACAUUCUACAAGAGAGCCUGAUCAAGCUGGUGGAGGCGUGUAAUGACCACUCGAACAGCAUGGACCGCUGGCUUAGCAAACUGGAGGCCUCUAACUGGCAGAGCCAUGUAAAAGAGAUCCUCACUACUGCCUGCCUGGCUGCUCAGUGCAUUGACAGAGAGGGUGCAUCAGUGCUGGUCCACGGGACAGAGGGCACUGACUCCACACUGCAGGUCACUUCUUUAGCCCAGAUCAUUUUGGAUCCAGGCUGCAGGACAGUCCGUGGCUUCCAGGCCCUUGUGGAGCGUGAGUGGCUGCAGGCGGGUCACCCGUUUCAGCAGCGCUGUGCCCAGUCUGCAUACUCCAACGGGAAGCCGAGGAGUGAAGCGCCUGUGUUCUUGCUCUUCCUGGACUGCGUGUGGCAGAUCCUGCGUCAGUUUCCUUGCUCCUUCCAAUUUAACGAACACUUUCUGGUCACACUGUUCGAACACGCUUAUGCCUCCCAGUUUGGCACUUUUCUGGGAAACAGCGCUGCCGAGAGGGUGACGUUGGAGCUCUGUCAAAAGACGGUGUCCCUGUGGUCAUGGAUGAAUAGGCCUCAGGAGCUGGAGCGCUUCCUUAACCCUCUCUAUGAGGCCAACAGUCUUGUGAUCUGGCCAUCUGUAGCUCCACAGAGUCUGCUGCUUUGGGAGGGUGUGUUCCUUCGCUUUAAUCGCUCAACCAAGUGUCUGGACGAGGCAUAUGAGGAGAUGGUCCAUAUUAUUGAAUACAAUAAGGAGCUACAGAAUAAAGUGAACAGCCUCAGGAGACAGCUAGCUCAACUAGAGACAGAGGACGGCCCUCUUCAGAGUCCAUAGAAAUGCAUCUUGACCUGACUGAGAAAUCUGAACAGAGCCUUUCAGAGCCUAUUGAGCACUACUGAAAUUUAUUCUGACCCAUGCAUGUAUGUACACACGUGCACACAUUCACACACAUCACGUCUGCUCAGUCAGUCAUAUUGUGUUAAAGUACUUCAUCUAUGUGUAGUCAUAUAUAUAGAUUGAUUGAUUGAUUAUAGCAACUUUCAUACACUAAGUGAAACUUAUCGAGACAAGAGGCCAGUUACUAGACAUGUUGGUGGUUGGGUGUGAGCCCCUAUACCAAAUUGUGCUAUUAUUUUUACAUUUUUUUUUUUGUUGUUUUUUUUUCCGAUUAAUGAUGGUCAGUGCUUGAUGUGAUGGUCGAUGUUUGCCCAAAAACAAUGUGCUCUGAAAUCUUUUGUUGUAGAACAGUAGUGUAUAAUUUGCCAGUAUAAAGAAAAUGAUUUUAUAAGGGAAGUGAUAUUUCGGAUCUGUACAGUAAAAAGCCUGUGUCUUUUGCACACUUUGAUUCAAAGCUUAAUCGUGGUGUAACGGUAACCAGGAUUUAAGCAGAGCACCACUGAAAACAAAAUGUGUCGUAUCCAUUCAGCGUUCCUGUGUGUUUGGUUGCAGUUAAUGUUCAAUGCUUCAUUGUUAUUCUACUUAGAAAUCCUCCUUAAAAUAAAUGAAAUAUCGAAGAAAAAUAAACAUAAAGACAUACCCUGCUGUUGCAAUGGUUCACACUAAAAAUCAUACUCAAGUGCUAGUACCUUGUGUCUGCUGUAAUAUUGCACAUUAGACACAUAUUUAAUGUAGUGGUGGUCAAUAAUCCCUCUCUUGCAUUCGAUUACAGAUAAUGGGUUAAAACCAUACACACUACAAAAUACUAUGCUAUUUUAGACAUUUCCGUCAUCACCACCUAUGUGGUGGAGACAUCAUUUUUACAGUAAGGCCAUUUUGCUUAGCAUUUGGUCCCAGCAUCGUGUGCCAAUCUGAUCCGAUCCACAGCCACAUGAGUGUAAUCUGGGUUGAAAAGUUUCACCGUCUUGUCUGGCUUCAGGGCAGAAUGUGGAAUGAAAACUACACUGUAAUGCUAUUGUGAAGGCUGAGCGCAGACUCAUUCCAGACAUUCAUCUGGCCUAAAAAAAAAACAAAAAAAACCCAGCAUCUCUUGAUAUAUACCACUUAGUCCUCUGCCUUCCUUAUUAUAUCCUCCGGUGUGGAUUCACGUGUGUUUAAAUUUACUCAGACUGCUGAGGUCAUAGGGUGCAGAACACUGUCGGGACGAUAUACAUUUCAUUACAUGUUUAUUUGUCUGUAGUUUAGUAACUCCUCUGGUGUUCUGUAGUCAGAUUAUCAUCAUACGUCUUAUGGGAUUCAUCAUGAACACAAGGCCUUUUUGUAAAUCAUUGUAGUUUUAGGUGGUAAUGUUGUCAGUGGCAACAGCUUGUGGAGACAGGUUUUUGGACUGGCAUGUUAACCAAAUAAUUUGUAUUGUACUGUACCUGUUCACUGUUUACCCAAAACAUGCUUUUUUUUUUUGGUCAGAUGUAACUAUUUUAUUUUAUUUUAUUUUAUUUUAUUUUAUUUUAUUUUAUUUUAUUUUUUAUGAAUGUUUCUUCAGUGCAAUGCUUUACUGAGACAGUGAUUUCACUGGUUGUAUUUCAGCGAUUGAUGCAUGUCACAUGUUGAUGUACAUUAACUGUAGAUUUAUGUUCUAUUCUUUUGGCAUUCAAAUGUUCUGUAGGUGGUUUCAUACAAAAUACAAUUAAACAAACCCUUAAUAAAGUUAGAAAACGGUA